UGGCUGUUGCUAAGAAUUUCUUGUGUUUACAUUUUGCCGGCAAACUGAAUAUUAGAACUUGCGUGCUUUAAUUAAUCAUGGAUUUGUUUGAGGAGUUGGACACCUUGGAGCCCUCCUCCAAGCUUGAUCCUCCCCGCAUCGAAACGCCAACGGCACACAAGAUAACCGUGCUGAUAUUGCUUAAGCAAUAUGUGAUUCAUAAGAAGUCUUGUUUGGACACUGGCAUAUCCAUGCGCACCCAGCGACGCCGAAUGUUUUAUAUGCUGGUUUUCAAACUUGUCCAGGAGGCGGAUAAAAGUUACAAUGAGUUACAUAGUUUGCUGACCACAGGAAGAUACAAACUGGAUACUCUAAUGCUGGAAUCUUUUGAAAAAGCAAUGUCUGAGUUCUGUGCUGGCAGCAUCGAAUCCUUGUUUGACUUCGCUGAGAUCCAGAAUAUAGAUGAGAUUCUGAACGAAAACUACGGCAUUAGCCAGUUCAGCAUGGUUGGCAUUUAUGUCCGUAGAGUGGGUGUAGUCCUAGAGCGCCUUAGUUUCCCAGAGAUGAUGGAUAUGUACAAGAACAUCUGCACCUAUUACGAAAGGGGAGUUCGAGCUGCUGCUUCCGGUUCCAGAAUAUCCGUAGCUGGGGGAAUCCUGCACAGAGAAGAUACUCCACCUCCAAAUCCUACAUCAGAAAAGCCCGUAGAUCCUCAAACAAAGAAAAAAGUCGAGGUCAUUGCUCGAAUUGCUCAAGAACGCAAUCCUCUGAGCAUAUGGGCGCCGAAACAGGCAAAGUUCUUUAUCAACAAGCAGUCGGAACUCUUGGAAAGCAACGAACGGAAGGCUUUGCCUCCCUUGGAACUCCAAAAAAAGGUUCAGGAGAUCAUUCACGACCUGCCACUUAUAACUACUCCCUACUUUCUGGGCUACAUGAAUCAGUUAAGAGUCAGGGAUUACUAUAAUGCACUCUCUGCGCUUCACAGAGCUUUGGACAGAAGUCCUGUGAGGCUUAUGAGCCAGGAGAAGGGCUACCAGUACUUUUGCGUUAAUCUAGCAGUGCUACAUGCCACCUUUGGUCAUCGUGAUGAAGCUCUCGCAGCGCUAAGGGAAAGUAUAAUGCUUGCCCAGGAGCACGGUGACAAAAGGAGUCUUAACCUGGCCAAUACUUGGUACUGCCUGCUCAGAGAUGAGCUCCCCUUAUCCGCUGUUCAAAAGAGCGUACAAGAAGCAAACGAAGUUGAUGGUUCUCUGCUGCAGAACUACACUUUAGCUCUCCAUUUCGCUGUAAAACUUGGAACAGUGGCUGGAUAUCAACCUUUAAGGCUUUUCGAUCUCCUCCAGCACAGCGAUAAUCUCACUAAUCGUAACAACUUUGCGGAUCACGCUUCAGAGGCUCUGGCUUUACGAAGUGCUGUGUGGUCUGCUUACGGAAGGCAUGAACUAGCUGCUUUGUACUCCCAAGUUUUGUUGACAGCCAGAGAUCGAUUUGGCAAUGGAUCUGCAGGACUAGGAAGCGCUUUGGCCAGUUACGCCCUGUGGCUUCAGUUGCAGGGAGAGCCCCAGUUGUCGAAAGUACUCCUUCAUCGUGCGAAGGAGCGUUUUUCGCGGUUGCCCAGCGCCGAGGGCUGGAUGAUCAGCCAGUGCCAUGUAACUAUUCAGGCGGGAAUUUACCAAUGCCGUUGGCAUGAUGCAUUAAAAGCCUGUGAUCAGCUUUAUUUACUAGAUCCCUCAGAUGCCAUAAUGCAACGAGCAUCUAUAUACGUGGCCAAGCGAGAGUUCUUUAACGCUAGGCGCCUCUUGGACAAGCUGGCCUCUCAGGAUAAUUUACCUUUUCUCCAAAAGAUGAGGGUUCAAGUCUUACUUGGAUAUUGUGGCAUGGCAGAUGGUCGUUUUUCGAGCGAAACUACUAUGCUUCUGCUUCGCGUGGCUGAGGAUAUGGCCGACUCACAGAUGGAUUAUGAGCUGGCUUUGGUGGAUCUACUGCUAGCACAGCAACUACUGCUCCUUGGAAUGCCACAGAAGGCCUAUCAGGCAAUCAAACGUUGCAUGCACGACAUUCACAUCAAUGGUGGCCUCUAUGAACGAGCCAAAACAGAUUUCGUGUUUGUUCGCUGUCUGCUGGCCAUUAAUCAAAAUAAUGUGGAGGAGCGAAAGGCGCAGCUUCUUAAAUCUCUGGACAUUUUGGAGCGUGCGGCUCAGUCCUUCAAGAAACUCUCUGCUCAUUCCAAAGUUUUGGAUGUUUAUGUUUUCCUGGCACAGCGAUUCAACGAAUUCGGGGAAAGGAAUUUGAGGAACAAGUACGCUGGAGAAUUCCGACGAUACUUUACGGAUCAUCCGAUUCCUAGGGAAUAUUUGGGCAGCCCUUAGUUUCAAUUCGAUGAUAAACUCUAAAUAAACGUAUUCGUAAAACUACAUCUACUAGAUACACAAGGAAUAAAUCUACUGGAUUUUUAACUAUUAAUAAACGUAGUUUUAUUAAUUGGUUUAAACCGUA